AUGGCCCUCAGGUGCCGGGUGUGGAACCGCUACGACGAGCUCCCGGAGCGCGCGCUGCCCGUGCGCGCGGGCAUCACGGGCUCGCCGUUGAUCGUGCAGCCGACGAAGAUCGUCCCGGCCGGGUACGCCGCGACGGCGCCGCGGCCGCCGAAGCUGAAGGUGUUCGCGCUCGACUGGGGCGAGAAGGAAACCGGCGCGCCCGCGGUUUCGAAACGGUUUUACUGCGUCAACAAAGGGCCGCACGACAUGACCGUGAACUUCGAGGCGUGGCUGUCCCCGCCGGAUCCGGACCUCAACGGCGUGACGUGCGCGCUGACGAAGCUCAUCGUGGACGAGGACGCGGAGUUUGUGUCCGUGGACAUUCUCGGCCAGGGCGAAAAAUGCGGCGAGAAGGGCCCGUUCACCGUCGUCCCGAGCGGCGACGUCGUCGUCCCGAAGCUCGGCGGGCAGCGGCAGUUCGAGGUGACGUACUCGUACAGAGGCAAGCCCCGGAAGUUCGUCGGCGCGGUCGUCGGCACGCACUCGGUGAGAGGCCCCGGCGCGAACGCGAACCGAGGGUUAAAGCUCGAGCUCGGGUGCGCGGCGACGAAGAACCGCGUCGGCGACGUCGACGCGGACGCGCCCGAACGCGACGCCGCGGCGAGACGCGCGGUGGCCAAGCCCGUCCGCGUGCGCAUCAACGACGCGUUCCACUUCACGAGCGCGGGGCCGCCGAUGCAGAUGAAGCCGCUGCUCGUUCGGAUGCAAGCGACCGCGUUCUCUCCGCGGCUCACGGUGGACGAGCGCGAGAACUUUCGGUGGCGCUGCUACUCCCCGGUUGACGUUUCGGACGGGUCGUAUUACAAAUCCGUCACGCUCACGAACGCGUGGGCGAAACCGUUAGGGUUUAAGAUGUCCAUCGGCGGGCCGUUCGAGAUCACGGACGUCGUGUCGUCCGUCCCGCAGCUCGCGUUCGACCGCGAGACGUCGUUCGUCGCGUGCGCGAGGGCCCGCGCCGCCGCGAAGGUUUCGAAGCCGCCGCCGAAGAUCUCCGACGUCGACUUCGUCCUCCCCGCCGAGGAAAACGUCCACGUCACGAUGCGGUUCGUCCCUCCGGAGCCGGACGAGGACGACUUCGGGAACCCGAUCCACGACGACGCCACGUUGGACGGCGGCCUGGUCCUCGAUUACGACAACGGCACGCGCGACGUGCAGACGUUUAAGCUGCUGUGCGAAUACCUCCACCCGGCGUUGGAGGUGAACGUCCAGGAGAUUGACUUCGGCAAAGUCCACUGCGCCGCGAAAACGCUCAGCGCGCGGCGUCUGACGCUGACGAACACCGGCGAGGCGGACGCGGAGUGGGCGAUGCACUUCCCGCGGUGGAUGCAUAGGGUCGGAAUGGCCGGCAGCGUAUUCGAGUGCGUGCCCGCGAGCGGGAUCAUUCCCGGGACGGGCCCGCACGGGAAGCCGCGAAGCGUCGAGAUCGAGAUUCUUCUCGACGCGAAAAAGCCGGAGCGUUACGCGUCCGCGUUGACGUUCAAACCGCGCCUCGGGCGAGGGUGCUCGGUCGUCGUGCAGGGCGAGGGGACGUUGGACGAGGAAUACGAGGGACAGAUCAUGCCGCGGUUCGAGCCGAUAGAUGACGCGUGA